AUGACCUACUCGUCGACCGCAGUUCGUUACUUCACGGCACCAAAGCCACUUGGAAUGACCAUGGAGUCACCUAGAUCUCACCCGGCUGCUGAGCCGAAAAUCAAGCCCACAUCUGUGGAUGGAGGCAAAACAGACCAUGUAACCAAGAAGAGCGGUGGAAUUACCUUCGCCCAUCAAGACUCUCUGCCGAAACUUCCUAUCCCGGAUCUCGAGAGCACAUGCCGGAAAUAUAUCGACGCUGUGGCACCAUUGCAGACCCCCAAGGAGCAGGAAGACACGAGGGCUGCUGUACGGGACUUUCUCAAGUCAGAAGGUCCUGUUCUUCAGGAAAGACUUCAGAAAUACGCCUCCUCGAAAACGAGUUACAUUGAGCAGUUCUGGUAUGACUCUUACCUGAACUAUGACAGCCCCGUCGUUCUCAACCUUAACCCCUUCUUCUUGUUGGAAGACGACCCCACUCCGGCGAGAAAUAACCAGGUGACCAGAUCUGCGUCGCUUGUUGUGUCGGCUCUAUCUUUCGUGCGGGCUGUCAGGCGCGAGGAACUGUCUCCGGAUACUGUUCGAGGAACGCCACUAUGCAUGUACCAAUACUCCCGACUGUUCGGAACCGCACGCGUUCCUACGGAUAAUGGAUGUGUCAUUAGCCAGGACCCGUAUGCAAAGCAUAUUGUUGUCAUGUGCAGAGGCCAGUUCUACUGGUUUGACGUUCUGGAUGCGAACCACGACCAAAUCAUGACGGAGAAGGAUAUUGCAAUGAACCUUGAGGUUAUUCUCGCGGACGCUGAGCAGACCCCGAUUCAAGAAGCGGCAAAAGGCGCCCUUGGAGUUCUCAGUACGGAGAACCGCAAGGUAUGGUCGGGACUGAGGGACAUUCUUACCAAGGACGAGCACUCGAACAACGCCGAAGCUCUCAACAUUGUCGAUACUGCCCUAUUUGUGCUCUGUCUGGAUGACACCGAACCUCACAGCAUGUCCGAUCUCUGUGCCAAUAUGCUCUGUGGAACCAACGAGGUGGAAAAGGGCGUGCAAGUGGGUACCUGCACGAACCGGUGGUACGACAAGCUUCAGAUCAUCGUGUGCAAGAACGGUAGUGCCGGUAUCAACUUCGAGCAUACUGGUGUGGAUGGGCAUACUGUUCUCCGAUUUGCAAGCGACGUCUACACGGAUACGAUUCUUCGUUUCGCCCGGACCAUCAAUGGGCAGGCUCCAAGUCUGUGGGCGACGACCAGCCCUGACCCAUCUAAACGAGACCCUCGAAGCUUCGGCGAUGUCAGCCCGACACCUCGAAAACUCGAAUGGGACAUGGCACCGGAGCUGAGUAUCGCCAUUCGAUUUGCCGAAUCCCAUCUAGCGGAUCUUCUCCAGCAACACGAAUUCCAGGUGCUCGACUUUAAGGGAUAUGGCAAGAACUUUAUCACUUCGAUGGGCUUCUCGCCAGAUGCGUUUGUUCAGAUGGCAUUCCAGGCGGCCUACUACGGACUUUACGGCCAGGUCGUCAACACAUACGAACCUGCAAUGACCAAAGCCUUCCUUCACGGCCGAACUGAAGCGAUUCGAACUGUUACAAACGAAACGGUUGACUUCUUGAAGACUUUCUGGGCCGAUAACCCGGCGGAGGAAAAAGUCAACUCUCUGAGAAAGGCGGCCGAGAAGCACACUGCAACUACAAAGGAAUGCUCUAAAGGCCAAGGGCAGGAUCGUCAUCUGUACGCACUUUACACGCUCUGGCAGCGCUCCUUCGACGAAGUUCCGAUCUCCGCCGACAACAGUGUUGAGGACGGGUCCAAUGGCUAUACGAGCCCGCUGGAGAACGGGUCUAUUGGAGGAUCUCCUAGGUCUUCAUCGAUCUCGGACGUGGACGGGCUGUCAUCCACAAGCAGCUACAGCCGCGCUAUACGCACAAUGCCUCCUACCCCAGCCAUCUUUAGCGACCCCGGAUGGGACCGCAUCAACAACACGAUCCUGUCAACUUCCAACUGCGGAAACCCUUCCCUGCGACAUUUCGGCUUCGGCCCGACCUCCGCAGACGGGUUCGGCAUCGGCUACAUCAUUAAGGACGACUCGAUUUCAAUCUGCGCUUCCUCGAAACAUCGCCAGACUGCUCGUCUCAUGCAGACGCUCGAGUCGUAUUUGCUGGAGAUCAGGAAACUGCUGCGCGCGACCAACCAUAAGCCAGCAAGCCCACGAACCAGCCGCGCACGAGAGAUGGAGAUGAUCGCGGAACGGGUCCAGCGCGAUCAGCGCAGGGGUCGCAUUGUCCGCACAGACACAGGCCAUCUACGGGGGGGCACCGAGACGCCCACGACAGAUAGUGGGGAGAUGGACGAUGAUGGCAUGGGUGGAUAUGGAUUCUUCGACGCAGGAAUGCUCCUCCAUGCCCUUAAGGGACUAAGUGUCGAACGAGACCGGGUUGGGGACAAGCCUGAACGACGACGAUUCGUUGGCAAAAAGCUACGACUGAAUGAGUAUUGA